AUGGCGAACUGCAGUCCUGCAUCAAAAUUUACGGUCCUUCUCGGCUGCGUGGCGGACUACAAGCGAGUGGGGCUUGCAGGCAUUGCAAGUCCCAAGAGGCAUCAUGAAUCUAGUAUUUUAACUGGAUCAGGCAUGAGGGAUUUUUUACACAGUGAAUACUUCUAUGGACACUGUUUUAAAUCUCAAGGUGCAGUUUUCUACUCUCAUACAACAUUUAAUCAUUUACAACUUUUGGGAAAGUUAAUAUUACGUGCUUGGAUACACGUUCCUCGGAUUCCUACAUGCAUCAUACUCAGAGCAUCUUCUAGCCAAGAGGAUCUGUUUCGAUACACUUCGUAUAAUUUUCAAGUGUGCGUCCCUCGCAUCACCUACUGCCACCACCACACUCGAUACAAAUACCACUUCUUGGAGUGGUACAUCCCUAAAAACUAUACGGGAGGAAUGGACUGGGAUGUGUACUUUUUUGGACCCCGUCGUAUGCAGUGGUAG